UAAUUUAGCAUGGCCGCUGUGCUCAGGAGUGCCGAAGUUUAACCAAUACUUAUAUACUGGGUUUAAAUACUGUACGAGGCUUGAUAUUUAGUAAACAGGAGUCUACCGACAAUUCCAGGAGCUCUGAUAGCUCCUCCACUGUAUUCUAAUGAGGAGAAUGUGGAUUUACCUGUCUUCAGCGCUAUGUGCGCUUGUCUUUACAGGUGUAUAUCAGGUGGAAGGAAUGGAGGUGUUUACAUCUUCAGAGUUGGAGGCAGUCAAUGGGACAGAAAUACGUCUCAAAUGUACAUUUAAAUCUAACCGUCCGCUCUCUGAAGAAAGGACCUCUGUAUCCUGGAGCUUCAUGCCACUUGGAAAGACGAAAGAAGAACCUUUUUUCCACUACCAGGGACAUGCAUAUCUUCCUCCUGGCGGCCUGUUUAAGGAUCAUGUGGUAUGGUCUGGUGAUGUAAUGAAGGGUGACGGAUCCAUCACACUGCAGGAUGUGCAGUUCAGCUUUAAUGGUACCUACAGCUGCCAAGUCCUAAAUCCGCCCGACAUCCAGGGCUUUGCAGGAGAGAUCAAACUCCGAGUCGUUCAGAAAGUUUCAUUCUCUGAAAUCGGGAUUCUGGCUAUAGCUGUGGGUGGAUCGAUUGGCGUCAUUCUCCUCAUUCUCAUCAUCUACAUCGUUGUGCGGGUAUUUCGGAGACGAGAAGAGGACAUGACCAUUGAGACAGAGGACCACAGGUCAAAGGAUCAGGUUUUGUGAAAGAGGAUUUUUGACUCUGGGAUUUAGUCUGCUUUUCGAUUCCUGUCUGGGAUAUGACUAGUGAUAUAAGAAGUAAUAACAUAUUUUGCCACAGAAUCCUCUGAUUAUAUGAGCAGAAUAUAUUGCAGAAUAUCUUGAAACCAUAUUGAUCACUACAAUUUUACAGUGAAAUGUUGUUUUUUUAUCCUGAUAUGUUUUUAUUUGAUGACUUUUUUUUUAAUGUUUGAAAGUUAGUGCUAAAUUUAAUUUCAUUUUAUAUAAAUAAAGUGAGAAAAUUGAACCUUUCUAUUUUUAAAAAGAUAUAAAAUAUCAGUUCACAUAUGUACAUAACUUUAUUGACUGUUGCUGCUUUUUAUCUCAUUAUUUUGUAACUAUUGAAUUAUUGCUGUUUUCCAGCAGUUUGUACUAUCACAGAUGUAUGUGAUCUGCCUAUUUACAUGCGUGUCUCCAUACACGUUGAUGCAUUUCUGUGUUUGUACAUUAGAUGUGGUUCAUAGACCUGUGCAGCAGAAAAAAUAAUAUCUGUAAAUAUCUGUAAAAGAGCAGUAUAAUUUCUAAAACCAGUUAAACAUUUUGAGAAUGUAUAUGAAUGGAUGAAAAAAAACUGCAUCAAAUAAUAAUGAUCG